AAGCGAGCCGAAGGGAAAAGCGUUAUAAUAAUUUAUAGAAAAACGCAAAACUAUCAGCGUAUUAUAGCUGCUUUUAAAGUAUUUCAAAGUCUUUAAACAUGACAGAAACUCCAGAGACUGUGAAAAUCAAUAAGUGGGAUGGAGCUGCUGCUAAAAAUGCUAUUGAUGAUGCCAUUAGAGAGGUACUGACUGGUGAUCUGAAAUGUAAAGAAAGUUUCGCCCUCAUUGAUGGACGUCUCUUCCUCUGCGCGUUGGCUGUUGGUGUUGCUCUCUAUGCUCUUCUCUGGGAUUAUCUGUACCCAUUCCCACAGUCAAGACUGGUCCUCAUAAUCUGUGUGUCUUCAUACUUCAUUCUGAUGGGUAUCCUCACACUGUACACCACAUUCAAAGAGAAGGGAGUCUUUGUGGUGGCUAAGGAAAAGAACGGAAACAACAACAGGGUCUGGGAAGCAAGCUCUUAUGUUAAGAAGCACGAUGACAAAUACAACUUAGUCCUGGUGAUGCGCGAUGCCCACGGCAAGUCCCGCGAGGCCUCCAUCACAAAGUCUUUCGCCAACUUCAUUGACACCAACGGAACCAUCGUCCAAACCCUGGUCAUCAAUGAGAUCACCAAGCUUUACAACUCCCUCACUUCUGAAAAGAAAGAAAAGUGAUUACUCUGUCUCUCGCACAAAUAUGUUAAGGUCUGACAUUAUUGUAAUAUUAUUAUUACGCCUAAUAAACUAAAUGUCCUAUGUA